AGCUGUCGUCGUCGUCUCAACCGCUCUCUAUAGCCGACGUCGGGGGUGGUCUUGACUCUUGAUGUGUCCUUGUCUCUGAGCUCAGUUUGACCUCGUCUCUGCACUCGUCCGAAUAAUAGCCCUCGCUUAGACUCGGUCGCGGCAGCAAUCAUGGCUUCGGACUUCAGUCUUGUCGACAUCAAGGGAUGGGAGUAUGAUCUGCACUCGGUGUACACCGCAUACAUGGGCUAUUUCCAGAAUAACGGGAUCCCAUGGUAUGAUCGCUCAUGGGGCCAUCUCUUCAACUCCUUCGAAGACUUCCUUGCGUUCUCUUGGCCCGUUAUCACCGUCACGGAUUCGUGGACAGGUAGAGCGCACAUAGUCACGCGAAUGACCUCCAUUGGUGCAUUUCUCAAGAUGAUCAAGACGAGAUUCGGGGAGACGCUACCCAUGGUAGACCACAUUCUGAAGAUCACACCCUUCGAGACACACCAACGGCGCCUGCGUACCGUCAACGACUACGAAGUGUACAAGAAGUUGCACGCCGCUUUACCUGCCGCUGUGCUCGCGGCUCUCAAGGUCAGGGCGCGAAGCGGAGAGCCGAGGGUAAUUCAAGAGUUGUGGGACAAGAGGGACAAGACUUUCGUGGCUGUUGAUUUCGAGAACUCUGAGCGUAAUGCUUCGUCGGUUCUUGAAUGGGGAUACGCAGCGGUGCGCUGUGGUCAUCUGGACACGAUAGGAUCCUGGCCGCCAAUACCGGAGGACAACUAUAGGAGGGGACAUUAUGUCGUCGCUGAGUAUGCCGACAGAAUGCGCAACCAGAAAGUCCCCAAUCAUCCUUGGAAUUAUGCAUUUGGUGAAAGUCAAGUGGUCCCCAAGGCUAAACUUGCGGUGAUCAUUGAAGCGAUCAUAAGUAGUCUAGCUAGCCCAGACUCAGAGACCACACCAAACAAUAUCGUCCUCGUUACUCAUUCAGCCGCAGAGGAUCUUCGCCGCAUAGAAGAGCUCAAGAUCAAACUGCCGCAUAAUGUCCUUGUGGUUGAUGUGACAACCUUCGAAAGCGGUCUGUUCAAAGCGGGUCACCGAGGUGCCAUGUUGGAUGCGAAAACUGGCCACCACCGCCAGCCGGGCUCCACUCUCACCCUCGCCAGUCUUCUUUACUCACUCAACUUCCCUGUUGACUACACCCUCCACAACGCCGGGAAUGACGCCUUCGCCUGUCUCCUUGCCUUGCAGACCCUCCUAGACUCGUCUACACCCCAUCCACCUCCGAGAGCUCAGGCUGCCGUCACGAACCGGAGGUCUAUUAGCUUCUCGAACCUCCCUGGGCCUUACGGUGUCAUGAUGCCUCCGCCGAUGGUUACGCCGCCGACUAUACCGAUCAUGAGGCCGCACUCCCUCUCCCCCGGCGCGUUCGCGGGAAGUUCAAAGGACUAUUUCGGUGCUAACGAUGGUAGUCCUCCGAUUCCAUCUUCUUGGUCGAAACGUCGCUCGGCAAACUUUGCGUCGAAUAACACGCUGGGAGUACCUUCUACGGAGACAGGCACAAGGAGGAGGAGCAUGCUUGCGCCGGACGAAUAUGGGAGACUAGACGGUGGCUCGUCGACGGAUUUGCUUGCUGCCAAGAUGAAGCAGACGACCCUUGGCUGAUGUUUUCACUCUGAUUCCAUUCUACGUUUUCUUGGACUCUUGACCGUGUUGGAACGGACUCUAAGUUUGUGGAACAUAUCUUUCUUGUUGUACAUUUCCUUGGACUUCUUACGACAUAUUACGACUGUUUGGACACCUUACGCCUCCUUGCGUGAUGGACUCAGGCUGAAAGCAUCCUCUUCCGCUAUCUUACCCACUAAUAUCUCGAUUUAUCCAUAUUUGCAAAGGAGGACUCUAUGCGCGUAGCCCCUGAUGGGAAGACCUAGUGGUCCCCGUCUUGGUGCGCUGCUUCAUGGACAUAUCUACGCUUCCCUAUGGCGCUCAUUCUGUACUUGGACACGGACUGCGCCCCGCACAUUUUUAACCUUGACUUUCC